AAAAUUACGAAAAAACCAAAAAACAAACUGAGGAAAAACUAAAUAAUCUCCAACAGCAAAGAAUUAACCAAGCCUUUACUUGCCGGGGAAUCUGCGGCAAGGUUGUUGGUUUAGAUGAAAAGGCCUAUACGUGGGAGGGAGAAAGUGGUUAUUAUUGUCAAAAUUGUAUCGUUAACAAAAUAAACCAAGAAUAUGACAAAAAACCUAGUCAUCAACCAACAAAUCAGUCAAUUUGUUCUUUAUCAACUAUCGAGAAGAUAACAAAAAAUCAAGAGGUAGAUAUUGACUCCCUAAACCUACCAGAAGCGGACAAAGUUUCUUUACGAGCGGGUCAAAAGAUAAUGAAAGGAGAGGCGGUGAAUAUUGAUAACUUAGCCAUUGAUAACGAAGAUAAGGAAGUUUUAAAAGAAUUACAGAAAGAAAAAAAUAAUCCUUCCUCUUCUGCUUAUAAAGUUAAUUGCCAAGAUUGUGGUAAAAAUUAUCAAUCAAUUGUUGUUCCUGCUCGCUGUCAGCACUGUCGAAGCCGAAAGAUUAAGGUUUAUGAUGAAGCAGGAUUUUUACAAAUUCUUCCGCCUGAUUCUCAAGAAGAUAAUGGAAUCAAAAAUAAGAAAAACGGAGGCUUGGAAUCUGGCGAUCUUGCUUUCGUAAUUAUCGCUAAUCUUAUUUUUUGA